AUGUGUGGCAUCUCGGCCUGCUUGACUCUCCCACCGGGGCGCCAUUUCCAUACCGAGGCACUCAACGGCUACGCGAAUGGGACGGGUGGACAAAACGGGAUAAAGGCCGAGGAAGAUCUUGAAGCCAGUAAGGGUCUUCGGGAUCAACUGGACCUGAGCCUAGACGCCAUCAGCCACCGAGGGCCGGAUGCAAAGGGUGUCUGGGUCAGCGCCGACGGCUUUGUCGGGCUGGGUCACUGCCGCCUGGCAAUCAAUGACUUGACCCCAGGAGGAAACCAACCCAUCCACGGUGAUGACGGCACAACUCAUGCCGUGGUCAACGGGGAGAUCUACGACCACGAUAGAAUUCGCCAAGAUUGUAAACAAAGAGGCUAUGGAUUCAAAGGUCACAGCGACAGCGAAGUGAUUCUUGCACUGUACCAGGCCUACGGUGCUCCCCAGUUCUUAGAGCAUCUCCGUGGAGAGUUCGCCUUCGUUUUGUACGACGAAGUCGCCGAACGAGUCAUCCUAGCACGAGAUCGUUUUGGCAUCAAGCCGCUUUUGUGGACAAUCAUUCGUCAGCCAGAUGGCCGCAGCAGACUGGUUGCGGCCCCGGAAGCGAAGGCCUUUCUGCCUCUAGGAUGGAAGCCCCAGUGGGACGUUGGCGCAAUUGUCGACGGUGGGUGGAUGCAGGAUGGGCGCUCGCUUUUCAAGGGCGUGAGGAAGCUACCACCGGGGCACUGGAUGGAAGUUUCAAAAGACGGUGUGAUGGAACUGCAUCAGUACUGGGAUGUCGAUUACAAGGACAAGACUGAACGAGAGACGCGAAGCGUUGAUGAGAUGGUGCUGGGCCUUCGCGAGCGGCUCACAGAGGCUAUCCGGCUCCGGUUGCGUGCAGAUGUUCCAAUCGGCAUCUAUCUCUCUGGUGGCAUCGACUCUUCACUGGUCGCCGGUAUUGUCACACACCUGAUCAGAGAUGAGGGCAUCAAGAUCGGCAAUAAGGACGCGACCAGCCGGGUCAGCUGUUUUACCAUUGAGUUCCCAAAAGAGUCCGGAUUUGAUGAGUCUGAUAUUGCAGAACGCACGGCGGAACACCUAGGCGUCCAAAUUCUAAAGAAGCAAAUCAACGAGGGGGAACUGGCGGACAACUUCGCCGACUGCGCUUUUCAUUGCGAGCAUCACCAUUUCGACCUCAACUGCGUAGGGAAGUUCGCCUUGUCGUCUCUGCCAAAUGAAAACGGAAUCAAAGUCGUUUUAACAGGAGAGGGUGCCGAUGAACACUUUGGCGGCUAUGCCUUUUUCCCGCCAGAUUUUCUGCGGGAACCAGAUUUGUCUAUGCCGGACUCUCCUCUAGUAGCGGACCCUCUGCUCCGGGAGAACAUGCAGAGAUCCACCGAGCGUGACAUCAAGAUGCUCAUUCCGCGGGCGGGCGCUUUCGAGCACGGGUGGGAAAUGACGCCCUCCAUCGAGAAAGUCAACAAGACCAUUCUGCCGCCCUGCAUCUUGGCAUGGCACCCGAAACUAGACCUCUUUUCGCCCUGGGUGCGGGAGAAUGGGCGAUGGUCAGAUCUAGACUGCAAAGACGUCAUUGUCAAGUCCUUCAAGCCUGCGAUACAGGAGAAGAUGCAAAAGAAGUGGCACCCUCUGCACACUGCUCAAUACAUGUACAGCAAGGGACCAUUGCCCAACAUUCUUCUCACUUGCCUCGGGGACUUGACCGAGAUGUCUCAUAGCGUGGAAGCAAGGACGCCAUUCUUGGACCACAAGGUCACCGAAUACGUCAACAACCUACCUCCGAGCCUCAAGAUGGCGUACACACCUGACAAGAUACCCCCCGAGCGGCACCAGGGGCCUUGGUGGGAGGGAAUCGGGGUUGCCUCACAAGCUCUCACGGAAAAGUGGAUUCUGAGAGAGGCAGCGAAGCCCUUCAUUCUCAAGGAGUUAUAUGAGCGGCGGAAGCAUCCUUUUACAGCCCCGAUCGUAUGGCCAAAAGACGGACCGCUCCAUCAAAUGCUCAACAAGCUACUGACUAAAGAAAGAGUCGACAACCUGGGCUUCGUUGACUACGUUCAAGUCGAGAACGCCCUCGCCAGAGGCUUCGGUGAAAAGACGGAUGUCAAAUCGUUCAGGAUGUUGCUUUUUGUAGCGGCUUGGGUAGUAUUGAGUGAGAGACUCGGUAUUCCGAAAGCAGCCCCGGAGGACUGGCUCUAG